UCAGCGGUGUGCAUUUGACGAUCCGCGCACCAGCGCCAAUCGGACACGUCGUUUGUCCUCCUACCUUCGUCCGUUCUCGGUCGGUUUUCGACGUACGCGCAGAAUUAUCACUGACGUGUCCCCCGAGGAUCGACUACGUGCUCCUAUAUACGUAUGCACGUUCGUUAACUGCGUGAUAAUUUCAUUUGACGCGCGCGGAAGAGAGUCAGGCGGAAUAUCGCCAGUCAUUCGUGAUAGUCAUCGAGUUGUGACGUGACGUGUCCUACGUGUGUGUGUCUCUCGAGAGCAGUCGUUGAGAGAGUGCUGAGAACAACAAAAUUAUGGCAGCGGUACUGAACACCUUCGUCAACUCCUUCAGCAAUUCACUGAGUACACCGGUCAGACAGCAUCUGAAGAAUGUCUACGGCUGUCUGUCUCUGUCCACUGUGUCAGCGGCCGUCGGGGCUUACGUGCAUAUGAAUACACAACUCCUGCAGGCCAAUCUGUUGACUACUCUCGGAUCCUUGGGUCUCCUCAUCGCGUUGAUGUCAACUCCCGACAAUGGCAAAAAUCAGAAACUGCGUCUCGGCUACCUCCUGGGAUUCACAUUCCUGUCUGGUCUCGGGCUAGGACCCCUGCUCGAGCUAGUGAUCAGCAUAGACCCGAGUAUAGUUGUGACAGCGUUAAUCGGUACGACAGCCAUCUUCGUUUCUUUUAGCAUUUCCGCGCUGUUAGCCGAACGUGGACGAUGGUUGUAUCUUGGCGGCACUCUGAUGAGCAUGCUGAACAUCAUGAUUAUAUUUUCCGUGGCAAAUCUGUUCUUGCGCUCAUACCUGAUUCACCAAGCGCACUUGUACGUGGGAUUCUUCGUGAUCUGCGGCUUCGUCAUCUAUGACACGCAGCUGAUCAUCGAGAAACAUCAUAUGGGCAGUAGGGACUUCAUCAUGCACUCCUUGGACCUGUUCAUAGACUUCGUAGGCGUUUUCCGACAUCUUCUGAUAAUCCUUACGCAAAAGGAAUUGUCCAAGGAUUCACGCAAACGUAAAGAUUGAACGAACCGGUGGGAGGGUGGUGUUAUGGCGCAUUCUCAAGUAAAUCCAUAAACUAGAGGUCUUCAUGUAAUCUAUCCAUACUUAGGUAUUUGUGUAUAUAUACAUACCGGAAGAAAAGAAAUUAUACAAGUAUCUAUAUACCACGUCUCAUACCAUAUAUAUACACAUAUACAUCUCUUUAGUAAACGAUACACGACGAGACUAUAUAUAUAUAUAAAUAUAUUUAAUAUAAUAAAAACAGAAAAAAAUGUUAGAGAUGCGGUCUAUUUACUCGAUGCGAAAAGAGAAAUCGGCUUUCUGCGUCCGAUCACAGAGACAAGGCGUAAUUUAUUUUGGUUAUAUCUUCAAGUUGUAAUUCUCCAUCACAUUUGCGCGCGUGUGUAUGUGUGUAUGCGUGCGUGAACAUGUACCUGUACACAUGAAACACACAUGUAAUGCAAGUGUAUUAUAUUUUCGACUUUCAAUAAAUAAAUUUUCCCAAA